AUGACAACAAUCCGUCAACUUGAAGGAAGCGUUCAGACGCAGGAGGCCUUGGGUGGAACAAUAGAAGCUCAAUACCGUAGUGCGUUGAUGGAACUGGAAACGACAAGGGAUGAGAACUGUGCCCUGAAGGCGAAGAUACGUCGACAGUACAAGCAGAUAGAAUUGUUAACACAACAGGACGAAACGAACAGCGCUUUGAAUACGUUUGAGAACAAGCUCGAAAAAAUGGAUCAGAAAGAACAUUGA